AUGUUUCUCAACACAGUUCUGGUGGUUGUGACAGACCUUUGGGCUGGACUGCUUGGUAGUGCCAUAUUCAGACACCCUUUUCACCCUUUGAUAAUGAAUGUAUUCUUUAUGCUACCUGAUUUCACACAGAUAAUAUUCACCAAGUAUCCAUACCAUCUAAAGUCUGCUUUGAAUUCUCUCAGGAUGUUCCUGUGAUCGUGCUGGGGUUGGGCCUGUGUCUUCACGGGCUCCUUCCUCUUCUCCAUCUGUCGAUAACCCCCUCUCUCCCUUCGCCACCUCUCACGGAUAGCUGUAUGGUGGUGCUGUCACCAUCUUCUGACUCUGCUGGAGAAUGCAGCAGGUAGCGGCUACAAGCCAAUGCCUGCUACACUGGAUGGGGGCCUGAAUCUUGGCCAGGGAACCAGUGUCCCAGGUCAGUCUUUACUCUUGCUCCAUGAGGGCAAGGCCUCAUGCCUGAAAGCGGGCAUGCUGUUGCGAGGCUGGGAGGUUUCCGAGGACACCCUCCUCCUCUGCUGCCUCCUCCUGGCCGAGGAGACUGCCAUAUUGGGGCCCUACCUGGCCCUAGGAGGUCCCUCAGGAGGCCCCACCGUUCCUGCUUUGUGUCUCCCGCUGGGCUUGUGGCUGAUCAUGCUGUUCGGUCUGCUGGCUCACUUACCAAGUUUCCCCUCCCAGCUGCUGGGGGGAGCUCGAGGAUAUCUGGGCUGGAGGGGGCUGUAGCAGGGCUGGUAUCAUUUGCAACCCAGCUGAUGCUGUCCUGGGUGGCCUGGAGAGGGACUACUCACCACCACUCAGAGAGCAGUGAGAGAGAUGUCCAUGACGUGUGGAGGCACUGACCAAAAAAUGUAUGUCUUAGGAUAA